CGGAUAGUCGGAUAGAUCGAAAACCUGGAGCCUGCGUCAAUUGCAAUCGAUGAUAUUUUAGUGCAGAGUAGCUCGAACUCCGUCCGAAGUAAGGCCAAUUACUUCCCUCUUUGAGCUCUUGGAAAUGGGUUACUCCUCGGAAGGCCACAUUUGCCAGUGCUUGAGCCGGAUAUCAAUUCUCCGACGUAAUUCUCUAGUCACAAUCUUCAGGAACCGGCGAAAGACUGGCGAGGAAUUCGUGCAGAGCGUAUUGAGCCUUGCCAGUGGAUUGCGUGAGCUCGGCCUCAAGAGAGGAGACGUUGUCGCUAUCGCUGCUCUGAACAGCGACUGGUAUCUCGAGUGGUUGCUUGCAGUUGCAUACGUUGGAGGCGUUUCAGCUCCUCUCAAUUUCCGUUGGAGCUCAAAAGAUGCGAGAUGGGCAAUGCAGGUCGUGAGUCCUGUAAUGGUGGUUUUGGACGAGAGCUGUAGUAUCUGGUGCUCCUGGCUACACAAUAAUAAUGUGCCUUCUCUGAGGUGGCGUAUUUUCCUCGGAGAGCCUUCAACCCUCUUCGGCAGUGGAGAUGUUUUAACUAUGGAAAUGCUCAGUAUUCCUCAACGAUCCAACCCUUUUGAUUUGCAGUGGGCACCAGAGGGCAUUGCUCUUAUAUGUUUCACUUCAGGAACCACUGGGAAGCCGAAGGGAGUUGUCAUCAACCACAGAGCUCUGAUCGUUCAAUCACUUGCAAAAAUCGCUGUUGUCGGCUACGGUGAGGAUGAUGUUUAUCUACACACAGCACCAUUGUGCCACAUUGGAGGAAUAUCUUCAUGUAUGGCCAUGCUCAUGGUAGGAGCUUGCCAUGUCUUCAUACCAAAGUUUGAAGCUGGAUCAGCCCUUGAAGCCAUAGAACAACACCAUGUCUCCUCACUGAUCAGUGUCCCUGCAAUAAUGGCUGAUCUGAUUUCCAUGAUCAGGAGAAAUGGAGGAUGGAAAGGUGGUGAACAUGUGAAAAAGAUACUGAAUGGAGGUGGAGGGCUUUCUUUUGAGCUUGUAAGAGAUGCGGCAAAAAUAUUCCCCUCAGCUAAGAUUCUUUCAGCUUAUGGGAUGACAGAAGCAUGUUCUUCACUAACUUUCAUGACUCUCCAUGAUCCGAAGGAGGAAUUCUCCGGCGAGCCCAUUCAAAAGGAACCUGAAAUGACACGGAGCAUGGUUCACAGGCUAGGAGGGGUUUGUGUAGGGAAGCCUGCACCCCAUGUUGAACUACAGGUACAGGGUGACGGGUCUUCUCCUAUUGGGAGAAUUUUCACUAGAGGCCCACAUGUAAUGCUCGGUUAUUGGGAUCAAAAUCUGGCAACGGUGUCAGACUCCGGGGAGAGAGGUUGGCUUGACACAGGUGACAUAGGAUGGGUUGAUGGCCAUGGCCAUCUUUGGCUGGUUGGACGAGCAAACGGUCGAAUCAAGAGUGGAGGAGAGAAUGUUUGUCCCGAAGAGGUAGAGGUCAUCCUUAAUCAACAUCCUGGAGUUUCCAGUGCUGUUGUCGUCGGACUCCCAGACUCUCGGCUGACAGAGGUAGUAGCAGCCUGUAUUCAGAUGAAGGAGAAUUGGCAAUGGGAUGACUUUAACUUGAAACACAGACCUGAAAGCAAGCUAUGGUUAUCUAGCAAGAUACUCCAGAUGUAUUGCAAACAGAAGAAUCUAACCGGGUUUAAAAUUCCCAAGAUAUUCAUGUUAUGGAGGAAGCCAUUUCCAUUGACUACAACUGGGAAACUGAGAAGAGAUGAAGUUAGAAGAGAAGUCAUGUCUAACUCGAAAUUCUUGCCUAGUAGUCUCUGAGUUUUGCCGGAGUAAGAGAAUUUUUACAGAACUACAUAGUUUCCAUUCACAGAAAGCAAUUUUCAUUCAAUUCAAUUUUUCUCAAUUUGUUUUCUUCUUUCUUUUUUUUUUUUUUUUUUUUAAUUUUAUACCCCCCAAACCAUUAUAAUGAGCUGUUUGAGUACUUCAUUUUCGUGGUUUUGUGUACUAUGUACCGGCUAUAAAUUUAUCUUACCUAGCAAUGAACUGUUAGUUUAAUUCCUGUUUACAAUCAGAAAGAGUUCCUCAGGGGCUAUUUGAUAAUGGUUGGAGUUGCUGAA